CACUUUAGAAUAUCAAGUAAAAUCUAAACACACAUGGUCAGCGGAGUUUGUUUGUGUGACUCAUGUGGAAAUUACUUUGCGCGUGGAAAUCCACUGGACUGGGCCCCGUUCCCAUGACGACAGACCGCCACAACACGGGUGUGCACCCGAGUGCGUUCAGUGCUCGGAAAUAUGAGCAAGGACAAGGACGAACCUGCCGAUGGCAAUGCCUGGGUCAUUGACUCGCUGAUCCAGUUCCUCAGCGGCCCCGUCUGGAACAGGCCCAUUGCAGCUUUUAUUGAGAAACACUGCGCCAUUUUCGAUCCUGAUGGCGAACAGAGUGCACCGGAACACCGUCAGGUCCAUUUGGAAUACAGAAAUUUGGUUGACUCUCUACUGGGAGGAUUUGUAGAGGAACUUCAAAUCACUCCCUCGCAAUUCCAAGACGCUGUCUCAAACCAGAACUCAAACAAUGUAGCUCGAUUCCAGCCAGGCGCCCUUCUUGAGCAGAUAUGGGCUGCAUCUGACUUUUCGGCAUUUAGCCACUUGAUGGGGCUCCACAACCUGGAGCUGCAACUGCAAGCCCUGAAUGCCAUUAGACACCAAAGUGGCGCGCCUCUUCCGAUGGACUACAGCGAGGAUGGAAAACUGCUGAUGGCCAAUGGAGAAGAAAGGCUCCUUAAGCAUGUGCUCAGGAGGUCGAUGGAAGAAGCACAAAUCAUGGAGAGGAUGAACAAAAAGUUCAACAGAUUAAGUCUGGCUGAAGAACCAAGUAAGCCGGUCAUUGCCGUUCCAAAACAAGGUGCAGCUAAAAACAAGGCCACAAAGGCAACAGAAAAUGAUAAUAAAGUAGUGGAACUUCCAAGAAAGCUGACUGAGGAGGAAAUUCAGAAGAGGAAGGACUACUUGUGCAAACAGCGAGACAAGCUAAUGCAGGCCAAAGGCAAGUCCAAGACAUCGGCAAGCUUGGAUAAAGUUCCAGACAAAGAAGACGAAGCUGCUGGUGGGAGUGCCUUGUAUACGGAAAAGGAAGAAUCAGAAGACGCACUGCAAAUGAGGAGGGCCCUUGUCAACCGUCUCAAGGCAGAAAUAAUCAAUAAAAAAUAAUCACUUGCAUCUUAAUUAUUCAUCCGAUUAUUCCGAAUGUUAUUUAUACUGAUUGAAAUUAGCAUUAAUUUAUCCUGCACUGGACAAUGAGUGGAAUUUUAUGAUUUGUUUUCAAUAUAAAAAAUGUAUAUGGAAGAGAAAAAUAAGGCUUUUACUCACCAAGUUUGAUGGGUUGA